AGAGAAGAAGAAGAAGAAGAAGAAACGCGGAAAAGAAGAAAUGUAGAGAAGAGAAGAGGUGAAGGGGAAGGUGAUCCCAAGUGUGGAUUGGAGGAAGAUGAUAAUGGUGAGUUAGCUUUCAGCUUCAAUUCAACCCUCAUCAUAAUUUAUGUAUAAAUCUUCCAUUACCCAAUUCCCAACCACCUCAACCCAUCAUGACGAAGAAGCCAUUGCCAACCCUUUCUUCUUCUUCUUCUUCUUCUUUUCCUUGGCUCUUACUCCUCAUUUUCCUCCUCUUCUCCGGCUUCGCAACCAGCUUCAACGGCGGCCAAAUAGUCUCUGUAUGGCAGCAUCACCAUGAUUUCAAGUCUCCCGCCACCAGAUCACUCAUGUCCCUUCAAUCGCCGUCGUGAACACGAGCUUGAGGAUGAGCAUGAGCAUGGGACGGCUUUAAAGGCUGCUCUUGAUGGGAAAAUUCACUUGGUGUGGAAGAACAGUAACAGAGUAAUCUGGUCUUUCUCUUCAGGACCACCAAUUUAUACUUCUUACCAGGCUCCUCCUUCCCAACAUGCUACCACCACGGUUCGUAAUCAAAAUAACUUCCAUAUUGAAUGUGGGGAUGAUUGGAACUUGUAUGCACACCAUCAAACACUUGGAAUACAUAAUUUAUCGAUAAGUAUAGAAGAUUUCAUAAAAGGGACUCCUUACACAUUAGAGGAUGGAGCAGUUACAGUUGGGUCCAAGAAGACUACUGUGUUUGAGGUUGAUCUUAGAACUGGAAAACUCAUUCACACUUAUCCAUCAUCAUCAUCAUCAUCAUCCUCAUUGAGCCCAGCAGCUCAACAUCAUCCUGUGAAGCUUAUGCGUCUGCAAAUCAUGAGGACAGACUAUACACUCAAGUCAUUUGUUCCAAGCUCCCACAAAGAAUCCUGGAAUAUGACUGUUGCAGAGAUUGGAGCUGCUUUACUUUGUCCGGAUGUUGAUCAACCGGUUGGUGAAUCUCUUCUCACUUUGAAAGUUAAGAACAGUCAUGAAAUCAUCAGUGAUAUUGCCUUGCCACUACGAUGUCAAACUAAAGUACCUGUUUUCCGCUACAAAAAUCAUGUGUUGUUUGAAUUUCCCAGCAUUGAAAUGCUACCAGGAAAGGCAGUGCUCCCAGAACAUGCUUCAAGACCAAUGCUUCGUGAACAAACCAAUGAUGAUGGUGAUUAUUCAAGUCUAGAAGAUGAGCAUGAUAGUAUAUUAAGUAAGAGUAACUUAUUUGAUUGGUCUACUGCGUUGUCUCUUGCUUUGUUUAUUGGUAUAGUAGUGGGCAUAGUUAUCUACCACCACGCUCCAAUGAUUAUAGGAAAGGUUUGGUUGUUUAAUGAGCAGACUAGAAAUUCAAAUUCUAGAGCUUCACCUUCCAAGAGAAAGAAAUCUAGGAAAUCGGAAAAGGGCAAGAAAGAAUUGUCUGAAAAUGGAGAUGAUAGUGAGGACGUAUCAGGCUUAGACCUAAAUAAACUUUUCGACUGCGGUGCUGAUGGGCGAAGGAUUGGUAAACUUAUUGUUUCAAAUAAAGAAAUUGCUAAGGGUAGCAAUGGAACUGUUGUGCUUGAGGGAAUGUAUGAAGGUCGCUCCGUUGCUGUGAAACGCCUUGUCCGAGCUCAUCAUGAUGCAGCUGUUAAAGAAAUUCAAAAUCUUAUAGCAUCUGACAGACAUCCAAAUAUUGUGAGAUGGUAUGGGGUAGAAUGUGAUCAAGAUUUUGUUUAUCUUUCUCUGGAGCGCUGUACUUGUUCCUUGGAUGAUUUGGUUCAGAUAUACUUAAAUUCUUCUCAGAAUUCAGCAUCCACCAGCGACCAUGCUAUGGGAUCUAUAACUGAUUAUAAUGUCCACUUGGAGUCAGUGAAGAAUAUCAUGCCGGAUGUUAUUUUACGGAAACCAAAUGGCUAUCCAUCGCCUUUAUCACUGAAGUUGAUGAGGGAUAUGGUUUCUGGACUCGUGCAUUUGCAUCAACUGGGGAUAAUUCACCGGGAUCUAAAGCCUCAAAAUGUUUUGAUAGUUAACGAAAUAUCUUUAUGUGCAAAGCUUUCUGAUAUGGGGAUAAGCAAACGCCUUGAUGGGAAUAUGUCUUCCUUGGCUCCUCACGCUACUGGUUGUGGCAGUUCUGGCUGGCAAGCACCCGAGCAGCUUCUUCAGGAGCAGCGACAAACACGAGCAGUGGAUUUGUUCAGUUUAGGUUGUGUUCUGUUUUUCUGCAUUACUGGCGGUAAGCAUCCAUUUGGAGAAAGUCUGAAGCGUGAUAUGAAUAUUGUGGAAAAUAAGAUGGACCUUAUCUUGGUUGAGUCUAUGCCGGAAGCUUUUGACCUUAUUUCUCGUCUAUUGAGCGCAAACCCUGAAUUGAGGCCAAAGGCAUCGGAGGUGUUACACCAUCCUUUAUUCUGGAAUUCCGAAAAGAGGCUUUCGUUUCUUCGUGACACUAGUGAUAGGGUUGAACUAGAAGAUAGAAAGCCUGAGUCUGCUCUUUUGAAAGAACUAGAAAGUAUUGCACCCAUAGCAUUGGGUGGGAAAUGGAAUGUAAAGAUGGACAAAGAAUUUAUGAUGAAUAUUGGCCAAUACAGGCGUUAUAAGUUUGACAGUAUUCGAGACUUGCUGAGAGUGAUGCGAAACAAGUUGAAUCAUUAUAGGGAGCUUCCAAAAGAAAUUCAGGAACUUUUGGGAUCAGUACCCGAUGGUUACAACGACUACUUUGGAAGUCGGUUUCCAAGACUUUUGACCGAAGUAUACAAAGUUAUAAGCAGGAACUGUAAAGAAGAGAAAUGUUUUCAGCAAUAUUUCGAGACAAAAGUUGAGUAAUUCCAUUCCAUUGACCCCUUGAAAACUUGGAAAGUGAACAAUGGCAGAAAUUGUGGUGGGAAAUAUAUGUUACUAUAAAAAAAAGUGUGAUGAAAUCAUUGAGCAAACUUGUAAAAUUUUGUACAUACACAUGACCUCUUAUCUCAAGUAAUGUAAUCAAUCUUAAUUAACUAACUCUUUAUAUUCAAUAGAAGGAUUUAUUUAUUACA